AGUGUAACACACCGCUUGGCAGUCAUGUCGGCGCUGAAGUCAGGGCGCUCACUGUUAGAGUAGUCCAAUUUCUGUUCAAAAUAACUCACUCACUUAUUUUUAUAUUCAACAACACCCCAGUUGGAGAUUAUGCGUUGAAGGAAAGCGACGUACUCGCCGCAGUAUCGAUUUAUUUUGAGUUGUUUGAGCCAUGGCAUCUCUAUCAGAGGAGGUGCUGCUGGUGGUGAAGAAGGUCCGCCAGAGGAAGCAGGACGGCACACUUUAUCUGAUGGCUGAGCGUAUAGCAUGGGGUCCUGAGGGCAAAGACCGCUUCACAGUCAGCCACCUGUAUGCAGAUAUUCGCUGUCAGAAGAUCAGCCCAGAUGGUAAAGCCAAAAUUCAGCUGCAGCUGGUUCUUCACACCGGAGAGAGUACCACAUUCCACUUUUCCAAUGAGAGCAGUGCGCUCAAAGACAGAGAUGCUGCCAAAGAACUGCUACAGCAGCUACUGCCCAAGUUCAAGAAGAAAGCCAACAAGGAACUGGAGGAGAAAAACAGGAUGCUUCAAGAAAGAUCCAGUACUGUUCCAGUUAAAUAUAAAGAUUCCGUGGUGAGAAGUGAUCAGUGCUGA